AUGAAAAUAUUUAUUCUAGCUGAAAUGUUUGAUGGUACACAACCAUUUGACACUAUUUCUCCAUCAUAUCAACAUGAAGAUGGAAAUCUACGUUAUCAAACAUCACAUCAUGAAAUAAAUAAUUCUGAAAUAAUAAAACCUUCAACAUUAACACGUUUAUCUGAACGUUUUAAUUCAGUUCAUUUAAAUGAAUAUCAAAAUCAACCAUUAACUAAUAUAAAUGAUCAUCGAGAUUUAUUAUUAGAACGACGUAUAUAUCGUGAUCGUGCUGCAGCUAAAAUUCAAGCUGCAUAUCGUGGUUAUACAGUACGAAAAUCAUUACCAUGGUUAAAUGAAAAACAAAAAUAUUUACAUGAUAAAUUUAAUAAACGACCAAUUCAUCAUCGAGAUGCAGCAUCAAUUAACAUUGAUAUACGUUUAACGAACGAAACUUUUCCUAUUGAUUCAACACAUCUACGUUAUCAUGAAAAACCAUUAAUAAAUGAUUAUCAACAGCAAACUAUACGAAAACCAACAACAUUACCGUUGUAUUCUGAUGAUUAUGAUAAUAUACCAACAUCAAAUUUAUCAACACCAAUUAAUCAUAAAUCAAUACCAAUAAUAACUUCAAAUUUUGCAUUAGAUUUACCAAGUAGAAAUUCCUCAAUAUUAACAACACCUAUUCCUUCACCAGAACCUCAUGUGCCAUCAUUACAAAAUGAACGUCGUCGAUCAAUGUCACCUCCUUUACCACCACAAAUGUCUCCUGAUAAUGGUCGUCCGCUUCAACAUUUAACACAAACAAAUUCUCAACAUCCUAUUGAUGAACAUAUUGAUACAACAAAACGAUUAAAAACAAAUUCACGUUCACAAAAUUCUCCAGUUAAUACAUUACCUCAACAACAAUCAACACGAAAAUCUCCUGUUCAACAAUUGUCAUUAUCAUCAUCUUCAUCAUCAACAAUAACAAGUCGAAAACGACGAUCACCUUCUCCUCCACAACAACAAACAAUAACAAACACGCAUUCACGUCAUCGUACUCCACAUAAUUCAAGUCCUCCAACAUCUUCAUCAGAAUCAAUUUUAACAGCACGUGAAAAACGUGUAAGACAAAAAUUUAAUAGUGAUAUUGAAUUACAAGCAUAUGAAAAACGUCUCAAAGAUAUUGAAAAAAAAAUUCGUCAACUUGUCAAACGUGCAUUUGAAAUUUUUGAUGAAAAACGAAGUAUUUCAAGUCCACCAACAGUUGCACGCACGACUAAAACUGAUUUAUUACCUCAUAAUCGUUCAAAAUCAACAACUCAUUUUCCAGAUGAAUCAAGUAUUAGUGAUGGAACAUCUAUUCAUCGAAAAGAUACAGAUUUAAUUAAAAAAGAUAAUGAUACAUCAUCAAAUUCAACUCAACAAAGACAAUCAGAUGUCGUUACAUCUGAUGCGAGUGAUCUUGAACGACGUGUACGUGCUUAUCGUGAACAAUUAAAAGCAAAAAAACUCGAACUUGAAAGAUUAAAACAACGUAAAAAUAAAGAAAUUUUACGACGACAAGAAGAUGAAUUAAAAAAGCAAAUUCAAUCAUGUGAUUAUGAAAUUCAAGCAUUACGUUUACAACCAAUUCAACAAGAACAAACAGUACCUGUUCCAUCACCCAGUAAUCAUAGUAGUAGUAGUCCUUUAACAGAAACAAAAAAAUCAAAUUUACCAAAAACAACAAAAUCUGACAAACAAAUUCUUUCACCAAAACAAGAUAUAUUUGAUAAUGAUGAAGAAAAAGAAAUCGAAGGACGACCAUUAGAAACUCCACGUGAUGAACGUGAUACACAACAUGAUGCUCAAUCAAUAUCAGUUACAACUGAGUUACAAAUUGAAUCUGAAAGUGAUCAUGAUAGUCAACAUGGAAGUAUUGAUAAUGAAAAACUUACAAAUAAUGUAAAUAUAAAUUCUUCAAUACCAUAUAAAGAAAAAGAAGAUUCUAUAUCAAUAUCAUCAUCUUCAACAAUAUCUGAAAAAUUUAUUAAAUCCUUAUCACCACAAAUAUCUCGAUCACCUUCACCAUCACCACCAGCACCACCACCAUUAGCACAAGAACAUAUUAAAUCACCUUCACCACCAGCACAUGAACAUAUCAAAUCACCUUCAUUACUUGUAGAAGAACGUAUUAAAACCCUAUCACAAGAACAAAUAUUUAUUCCUAUAAACGAACGAAAAGAAUCUCAACGAUCAUCAAUAAAUAAUGAAUAUGAUGAAGAUUUUUCUGAAGUUAGUCAUUCACCAAUACAGACUCCAACAAAAAUUCAAACUAAUGAUAUUAAUCUUGAACCAAUAGAAGAUGAUAUUCAUGAUAUAUCUUCAAGACAUGAUUCAAAUAAAAGUUCAUCAUCAAAAACAAGUGGUGAUGAACAAUCUGAAAUACCUGUUCUUGCCAAAAUACCUGCAACUAGUACACAAGGACAGCAAGAUGGUAAAGUUUUCGAAGAAAAAUUAUCACCACCGCCACCACAACCACUUUUAAUUCCAACAAAAAUUGAAUCUGAUGACACAUCACACGAUAUAAGUGAAGAUGAUCAAGGUAAUAAACGUAUUGAACAAGAUAAUAAAAUUGAUAAAUUAACUGAAAUAUUAGUUCGAACAUUUAUCGAUGAAGCUAUUGAUCAAGGAAAAGAAAUUGGAAAUUUAAAAAUUCAAAAUUCAUUAACAAAAGAAGCUAGUGAAUGGAUACCAGCUGAAGAUGUAGUUAGUGAAGAAAAUCAUAAAAAAAUAUCAACUAAUCAUGAAGAAGAAGCUGAUAAUGAUUUACCAACAUUUUCGAAAGAACCAGAUGGUCUUGACCAAUCUGAUUCAACAACAAAUGAAACUAAUGAUGAUGAAGAACUUAUGAUUGAUCUAGCUCGACUUGUUGAUGACAAACUUGAUGAAAUACGUGAUACAAGUCCUCGAAAACCUCUUGAUAAAGAAUCUACUACACAUGUUGAUGAUGAAACAAUACAAACUGUUAUUGAAGAACCUACUAAACCUGUUAGUGAAACACCUAUUAAAUCCGUUGUUUCACAUACACGUGAACAAGUUAUUCAAUUAUGUCACGAAGCUCUAAUAAUAUUAUAUAAUCAAAAUAAUGAUUUCUCCAAUCGGUCAACUAUCAAACGAACAAUACCUGACUCAUAUUUUAAUUAUGAACAACAAGAUUCUGAUAAUGAAGAUAUUCGGCGUAGUCGUCAUGCUUAUAAUCAAAUGAUAUUUGAUUUAUGUGUUGAACUUUUACAUGAAAUGUAUUCACCAAAUGUUCGAAUAACAAAAUAUCCAGAAUGGCAAAAAACAAAAUUAAUUCGUAAACGUUUUUAUCGUUCACAUAAACCAAAUAAUCGUGAUGAAGCUGAACAUUUUAUUCAACGAAAAAUUUUAGAAAUCUUAAAUUUAAUUCCACGUCAUAUAACACAUCCAAAAUGGCGUAUAUCAAUAGGACGACAUCAUGAUACAGAACAAUUUGAAAAUGUUCUUGAUGAAGAAUUACGUCGUACUGAAAGUCAAUGGAUUGAUUAUGAAGAUGAUUGUUUAAGAAUUAAAUUUGAUAUAGCUGAAUAUGUAUUUGAUCGUUUAGUACAAGAAACAUUAACAGAAUGUUUUCAUGUUAUGAAUAAACGAUUAGUUUUGAGCAAGUAUAAUCAGCAAAGAACGAAACAUAUUACAAAUUCUUCGUUAAUAUCAAAAUCAAAUUUUGGUGAACGACAUAUUCGACCAAGAAAACGUUUGUUAAAUGAUGAUUAUCUAUAUUGUGAUAACUGUCAAAAAUACAAUCACAGUUUAUGUCCACAAGGAUGUCAAACUUAUGAACCUAAUCAAUCUGCUGAUCAUGCAAAAAAUACUGUAUCUAUUGGAAUAAAAGUUGCUACUUCAAAUAUCCCGACUGCUGGAUUAGGUGCAUUUGCUAUUAAAGAAUUUCCUAGAAAUACAUUUUUCGGACCAUAUACUGGCGAACGGCAUAGAUCAACUGAACGAGCCAAUAAAUCCGGUUAUGCAUGGACUAUCGAAGAUGCUGAAGGUAGUGUUUAUAAUUAUAUAGAUGCUAGUGAUCCAAGUUGUAGUAAUUGGCUUAGAUAUGUCAAUUGUCCAACUAGACAAGUAGAUGAAAAUUUAGAACCAGUUCAAUUUAACGGUGAACUCUACUAUCGAACAUCACGUGAUAUAAAAGCAGGCGAAGAACUAUUUGUUUAUUAUGGUGAAGAAUACGCUAGAGCACUUGGUAUUCACUCUUUUGAAUAUUCCUCAAUUGAAGAAAAUCAAAUGACUACUUCACCACCACCUUUAUCAACUUUAUCAUCUCAUUCAAUGGUAACCUUAAAAAAAACAGAACAACAACCAAUGAAUUUAUCAAAAAAGUGCAAACGAUCGAAAGAGAUCUUAUCGAAUAAUAACACACCACAUCUACAACGUGCCAUUAAAUGA